GUGACUUGGGAGAAGAUGGUCAAAGAGGUGAAGGCGGGGAGAAGGGUGAUGCAGGCUCCUCUGCGGCAGGCAUCAAGGGUGAACCAGGAGAGCCAGGACAUGGGGGAGCAAAGGGAGAGCCAGGACUUCCAGGGCUUCCUGGACUUCCCGGGAUUAAGGGUGAGCCUGGAUUCCUAGGACCACAGGGAGAACCAGGGCUCCCAGGACUACCAGGAACCAAGGGUGAGCGAGGAGAACUGGGCCCACCAGGCAAAGGAGAGCGGGGCGAGACUGGACCACCCGGUCAAAAGGGAGGGCCAGGAGAGGCAGGGAACCCAGGCCCUAGAGGUUCAAAGGGAGGAACAGGAGACAAGGGAGUCCUGGGCUCCAUGGGACCAAGGGGACCCCCUGGGCAGAAAGGUGACCAAGGAGCCACUGAAAUCAUUCAUUACAACGGUAACAUCCAAGAGGCUUUACAGAAGAUUACCACUAUUACAGUGACGGGUCCCCCUGGGCCUCCUGGACUAUCAGGAACAGCGGGAAUCAAGGGAGAUCAAGGCAUGCCUGGCCUCCCUGGGCUGGAUGGUGAAAUGGGUUUUAAAGGUUCCAAAGGAGACAUGGGAAUCCCUAGCACAUCUGGAGAAAAAGGAACUGUUGGCUUACCUGGUUUACCAGGCGUCAAUGGAUUGAAAGGGGAUAAGGGUGAUUCCGGUCUGUCUGGUCCUCAAGGGCCCUCAAUUAUUGGCCAACCUGGAGCUCCUGGGCCCCAUGGACCCCCAGGUCCCAUGGGACCCCAUGGAUUCCCUGGACCAAAGGGGGAGGCUGGGAAUCAUGGUCUGAAGGGAGUGCGCGGGGGGUCAGGGUACAAGGGGGACAGAGGACCCCUGGGCCUCCCCGGAGCCUCCGGCUUGGACGGCAAGCCAGGAAUUAGGGGUAUGGACGGGCCUGUGGGUCCCUCCGGUCCAGCCGGGCCAAAGGGGGACAUAGGUGAGAGAGGAGCUGCAGGUGAACCCGGGCCAAGGGGGCCUUAUGGACUUCCUGGAGCGGCUGGAACACCUGGCCUUGAUGGGGAGAAGGGAAAGAAGGGCAAAAAAGGGCCUAAGGGGGAGAAAGGAGAACAGGGUGCCCCUGGAUUAGAUGCACCCUGCCCAUUGGGCCCAGACGGACUACCAAUGCCUGGUUGUUGGCAGAAGUGAUCAAUCUAAACUGAAAAGCAUGGAGUUUGUAAAUAAUGCUUAUUUUGGGGUAUUUAUAGUUUUUAUAAUGGAAAAUAUAAAAUAAAUAAAUAUACUGUACUGUAUGUGUACAGUGAAAAAGAGCCAAGGUCCAUCACUCCUAGCUGCUUCUACUAACCUCACUGUGUGGAACGUGUCACUCUCACAUCAGCAUCGUGGAUUCUAGAUCCUUGGCCAGCAGCAGAACUUGCACACACACAAAGGAGUUUAGUCCCAGACCUUGCAUGACCAGAGUGCUUGGGCACAGAUUGGAAUGUCAUGGCAAAAUUUGGUAAAAGGGGAGUAAGAAGGCUGAAAAGGAGGUUGUGAGAGCAGAGGAUGAGGAAAAGGAGGCCUUGUAGGGAUUUGGACUGGCUCUUAAAAGCUUGAGAUCUAAAGCUCACCAUCCAUUCAUGCCAUACUACCAGCUUAAAAGACUCAAUUCCAACAAAACACCCUCCCCACUCCCAAAGAAGCAUAAAGACUGUUCCAAACAAUAUUUAGGCUAUAUGUAUUGAUGUACAGUACAUAUUUCAUUGUUGUGUGGUUGAAUUUUAUGGCUUCAGCAAAACACUAACUGUCUGUCAGUCAAUCUUACCUACUUAAAAAAGAAAACCCAGAGCUUUAGAUUUGUGGUUUUAUUUGCUCCUUUUUCUUUUAAUGUUCCAAAGGGAGUCACGCCUUGGCUGCUGGCUUAAAAAGAAUUCCCCAGGAAUUCAAUUUGGGUUGAUUUUCUUUAUUAUGGUGAGAUCUCCAAUGAGUCAAUAGAUGCAGGUCUUCACCGAUGCACUCGCGUGGGUCCCAGGGCGCGUUCCCUGCUGCCAGCAACCACUUGUUAUUAGACUUCGAGGAGAGUGUGUGAGCUCACUGCACUGUGAACAGCCAAUCGGAAAUGGGCUAGGCUGACAAGGACUUCGGAUUCAACGGACCUGUUUGGGAUCCCUCCAAGUAGAGGAGACAGUGGGCCUCGGCAAGGAGCCUUCAAUCAUCUCUCCUGCCAAUCACUGGUCUCCAUGCCGAUCAAGGAGAGUGUCUGCCUGUAACAAUGUUACUGUCACAACACUACAAGGUAAAGAGGGUCAAUGGAAUUCUGCCUUUUUAUUUGAAGUUUUACUCUUGUAUUUACUUGUAAUAAUUGUGUAUAACAGCCUUUGGUGCCUCAAUAUUUUGUUAUUCAUUCCUUUAUCAGAAAAGUGCAACUUUUUAUCCUGCUUUGAGUAAUUGCAAUGGUCUUUAUUGCAGAAUGGUAACCUCUUGUAAAUUGUUAAAGUAUAAAAACACCUACGUUGCGCACUGUUAAUAUAUAUUGAAUGUUGAUAUUACUGGGUGUUAAUAUGGCAUGUACAUUAUGGCUUCAAAUGAACAUCAGCUUCUGUGUAAUACAAAGGGAAUUUGUUUGUCGCAAAAAUUGAAGUAAUUUUUAUGAUUACACAGCAUCAGAUUUUACACUCAUUUGAAGAAGCAUACAGUAUGUGUAAACACUGAGAUAUCUAACACUUGUUCAUUGCUGGCCAUUUAAGUGGAAAAUAUAUAAUGUGAGUUAUGUGCUUCACUGCAAGUUUAUUGUAUCUUUACACAUUAUUGUAUCUUUUACAUUUAAAUGCAGUAAUAUAUCUGCAACAAUAAGCUUUUUGUACAUUUUGACCUGGUAAUUCAGUAUAGGUGAAAAUGCCUUUUGGUAAAAUCCAUAAUUUUUUGCUAGAUAAUUGUUGUUUUAUCCAAAUGUCAAGUGGCAAUUUGCCUCAACUGGAUCAUGACUACAGCAACAUGCAACCUUUUUUUUAUUUAAUUUCUCAAACAAAAUGGAAAUGGUAAAACAGUUCAUUUCAGUUGAAUGUGUAACCCAGAAUCAGAUAUAUUGCCAUUUACAUCACAUUCCAUAGCAAUUUCUACAAAAAAGUGUAUUUCUUUAUUUAAUCAUUUUAAGGAUGCCAUAAUCCUAACAAUGCCCUUAUUUAUGCACAAUGAUUUUUGAUGCUUAAUGUUACUUGGAACAGUUAAUGUAAUAUUAUAAAUUAAUUACUACAAUAUGGGACGGUUUC